AUGCUCAAAUCUGCAUUCGUUGGUUUGUUUGAAGCUAAACCCACUAGGAGAUUUUGCAUUUUUAGAUUGAAUAGGAGUUUAAAGAAGUGGGUAAUGGCACCUCUGCCGAUUCUUGCUUUAGCACUGCCAUCAGAGACGGGGCGGGUUCUCAGUAUUCAAUCUCACACAGUUCAGAUAUAUACAGAUAAUUUUGUCAUUACUCCAACCGAGUUUUGUGCAGGAUACCCAUCUUUUAAGGGCCAGGUUUUGAAUGGAGACCAACUUUGGGAUUUAAUAGAUGGUCUUGAGGCUAAUGAUCUGUUAUUCUAUACUCAUCUACUGACAGGUUAUAUUGGUUCUAUCUCCUUCUUGAACACUGUACUAAAAGUCGUCGACAAGCUUAGGUCUAUCAACCCGAAACUUACAUAUGUCUGUGAUCCAGUGUUGGGCGACGAAGGAAAGUUUUAUGUCCCUCAAGAACUGGUUUCGGUAUAUCGCGAGAAGGUUGUCCCUGUUGCUUCGAUGUUGACUCCUAAUCAGUUUGAGGCUGAACAGUUAACUGGUUUAAGGAUCACAUCGGAACAAGAUGGUAGGGAAGCUUGCAACAUUCUUCAUGCUGCAGGACCAUCAAAGGUUGUGAUUACAAGCAUAAACAUAGAUGGCAAUCUUCUCCUGAUUGGCAGUCAUCAGAAAGAGAAGGGUCAAUCACAGCAGUUCAAGAUUUUGAUUUCCAAAAUUCCUGCCUAUUUCACGGGAACAGGAGAUCUAAUGACUGCACUGUUGCUAGGAUGGAGCAAUAAAUAUCCUGAAAACCUUGACAAAGCAGCAGAGCUGUCUGUAUCAAGCUUGCAGGCGCUUCUGGCGAGGACAUUAAAUGACUAUAUCAAGGCUGGACAUGAUUGCCAAUCGAGCAGUUUGGAGAUUCGAUUGAUUCAAAGUCAAGACGAUAUUCGCAACCCAGAAAUCAAAUACAAGGCUGAGAAGUACAACUAA